UGCUUGUCACCGUCACCUGGGCCCCUCUCUCUGAAGUCCCUGCCAAGCGGCGUGGGGAGGCAGCCAGGGGAAGGCUCUGAUCUCUGCUCUGCACAGCACCCCCUCCCCCAGCCAGGAGAGCUGAGCGUGGAGGAUCGAGGAUCGAGGAUCGGAGAACAAGAGCCCCCAGAAAUGUUGCCUCCUGGACUCAGUCCCCAGGCCCUGCCUUCCCUCUGCUUCUGCAUUCUGGUCCUGGCCUGUGUUGUGGCACGCCAGCAAACAGUGCCCACAGAAUCCCCGAGCCCCCGACCAGAGCUAGCAAGUGGUUUUUGGAUCCCGGUGCCUGACAAUGUGAAGGCUCUGGUGACCAGGACCAGAGAGAAGUGGCAGUGGUUCUGGGGACCGGAGGCCCUCCAGGGCUUUGUGCAGACCUACUAUGAUGACCAUCUGAAGGACCUGAGUCUCCGCACCCAGGCCUGGCUCAAAAGCUCCAAAGAUAGCCUUCUGAACCGGGCUCACAACCUGUGCCCCUGGCUUCUCUGUGGGGACGGGGACCAGAAUUAAAGUUUCCGCAGCUUCCACAAUAAAGUAAUGCUUCUCUG